GCACCGGGAGCGGCACCGGGAGCGGCACCGGGAGCGCAGCGCGGCUCGGGCUCGGCGGGGCGGAGCGGCGGGGAGCAUGGAGAUGGAGAAGCGCUUGACGCUGGAGCUGCGCAACAAGAAGCCGAGCGAGGUGAAGGAGCUGGUGCUGGACAACUGCCGCACAGAGGAUGGCAAGGUGGUCGGCCUCUCCUCAGACUUUGAGAACCUGGAGUUCCUCAGCAUGAUCAACAUCAACCUGCUGUCCGUGUCCAACCUCCCCAAACUCAACAAGCUCCGGAAGCUGGAGCUGAGUGAUAAUAGGAUUUCUGGUGGCCUUGAAGUUCUAGCGGAGAAAACUCCCAACCUGACACACUUGAACCUAAGUGGCAACAAGAUCAAAGACAUCAAUACCCUGGAGCCCUUGAAAAAGUUGCCAAACCUCCGCAGUCUGGACCUGUUCAACUGCGAGGUGACGAUGCUCAUCAACUACCGGGAGAGCGUGUUCGCCCUCCUGCCCCAGCUCACCUACCUGGAUGGCUUUGAUGCUGACGAGCAGGAGGCCCCAGACUCAGACCCUGAAGCUGAUGGGGAUGCACUGGAAGAUGAGUAUGAGAAUGGGGAAGAAGGUGAGGAAGAGGAGGAUGAUGAGGAGGAAGAUGAUUUGGAUGAAGAAGUCAUUGAUGACGAGGAAGAUGAAGACGACGAUCUGGAAGGUGAAGAGGAGGAGGAUGGAGUAGAUGACGAGGAGGAAGAUGAGGAGGAGGAUGGUGAGGAGGAUGAGGAAGAUGAAGCUGAGGAGGACCAUCCGUGCGGGGUGAAGAGAAAACGAAGUCUAGAGGAUGAAGGAGAGGAAGAUGCAGAGGACGAAGAGGAUGAUGAGGAUGACUGAUCCCAGCGAGCCAAUCAGUUUUACAGACUAUGACUGUGCUUGUCUUAACCUCCCCGUUGUGUCUGUGUGAGACUGUAAAUCCCUGUCUCCCACUCCUCCUCCUCCCCCUUUGUAUGGCUGCAGCAUCUACAAUAUAUUUUUUUAAGAUUUAGAAUACUGUAGGCAUUCAGGGGAAUCUUCCAUACAAGGCUCCAUUUUUUUCUCACAAAUAUUUCAUGACCAAAGGCUUUUCUCCGUUCGGUGGUUUGUGCAGCAGCUUAAAAAAAAAACAAAAACCCAAAAGGCAAAAAAAAGCGCCAAAAAAAAAUCGAAAAAAAAGAGAAAAAAAAAUCUGCUCCUUAGGGUAUCUGUGUGUCCGAAAUCAGCUGUGCCACACUGGACCCAGAGCUCCAGCUGUCACCCUGCCAGCACAGAAGGCCUUUGCCACCCUCGUGCCCUCAGCCCAGGGCUCUGAAGACGCUUUUGGAGCCACCUCGGGUGCAAAACCUGGUUCCUCUCCGUGGACUCGCAGCCAUCCCCGAGGGUUCUCAGAUUGAAAUCAUGGUGAUGUGAUCUCUGGACAUGCUUGAAGAUGCUUUGGUGCUGGGGGUGGGGAGGGAGGGAGGGAGGGGCUGCUUGCAUGACCUGGUACCUCUGCCAAUGCACCUUGCAGUAACCCUGCACUUGCUUUCCUGCUGGAUUCUCUAAACUGGAACAUGUUCCCGUUGGCCAUUAAGAGCCGUCCCUCGGGCUGUCCCCAGUGAGGGGGUUUUUGUGGCCUGCAGCAGCUUUGGGAAGGGGUAGGGAAGGCAGGUGAGGGGGUACUGCUCCUCAGCCUCCUCAUUUCAGUGUCCAGCCUGUGCAGCCACCAUCACUGUGAUGCUCCUGCAGACCGUGUUAGCCUGGAAAUUCUCAGGGUCCUUCUGCCAGCCAGUGCCACCUCUGCACGGGCCCCUGGUGCCAGCCUGGCUUGGGCAUCCUCCUCUUCCUCCUCCUGUCUUCCCAGCAGGGAGCAGAGCUCCAGCUCGAGGUGGAGCUGGCUGGAGGGAGGAUUUGGGGAAGCCAGCCAGGUCCAUGCAGCAUUCCCAACCCUUCCCUGGCAUCCCGGAGGUGUCCAGCCAGCAGCAUCCCUCGGGUGGGGACAGCCCGGGGGUGCAGACAAGCACUGGCACUUUGUGGCAUUCCCGGGAGCUCCGUGUGCCCCCGGGGCCGAGGCUCCAGCCCUCCCCUCCCCUCCCGGGGGGUUUGGGGUGUGUUCAGCAGCACAUCCCCGUUCCUGUCCCGGGUUUGGGCUGUGUUCAGCAGCACAUCCCCGUUCCUGUCCCGGGUUUGGGCUGUGUUCAGCAGCACAUCCCCGUUCCUGUCCCGGGUUUGGGCUGUGUUCAGCAGCACAUCCCCGUUCCUGUCCCGGGUUUGGGCUGUGUUCAGCAGCACAUCCCCGUUCCUGUCCCGGGUUUGGGCUGUGUUCAGCAGCACAUCCCCGUUCCUGUCUCGCUUUGCUGGUGUCUCUUGCAUUGUACAGUCGCUGUGACCAUUCGGAGAAGAACUAAUCCUGUAAAAUGCAAACUGAGUAACUUAUAAAUGUUUAAGGAAUUUUAAAAAAAAGAAAAAAAAAUAAGUUAGAGCAGCAGUUACUUCUAAUUUUUUUUCCCUGCAUUUUUAGCAGAUUGUAUGGAUUUUAUAUUAGCCUAGUAACUGUCAGGUUUUGAUUGGUCAGACUAGUCCCAGAAAUAAGGAUCUCCAGCCCUUUUGUAUCUUUUGUUACAAAAUUUGGAUAAAACUUUAAUAAAAACUUCAGUUUUUAAAAA